UCACAUCAUCUCUCUGUCAUUUUUUUCUUUAAUUUGUCAAAAUUCCUCAUUGACCUCGCCGGAGAAGGACGGACAGUCAGUUACUCCAAUUUCCAUCUGAAAUUUUUUCAGUUUUCCGGAGUUUCUUCUUCGGCGACCAAUUUCAUCGUUGAAACUUCUUCUAUACACUGCAAAUCUGAACUGAUCAAGUUGCUUCAGUUAAACAGCAGUAAUGUCCACUGUUCAAAGAAGGCAGCAAACUGUAGAUGUUCCGAAGGAAAAUGGAGGUGCUAGAGUACAGCAACAACAACUCCCAGAUGUUAUGCAGUCAAGGGGUGGUAAGAUGUCCUCCAGGCCUGACACCCCUUCAGUGACAGGUACUGCUAGGAUUAUCCCAUCUAGAUAUAGGCAAACUCCUCAGUCUGUACUCCGUUCUAGUUCAACGAGUAAUCCUGGAUAUGCAUCGGUCAGUGCUGCUGCUAAACUUUUGCAGGAGGUUACGGGUACUCCUAUAAAUCCUUGUGCAGUGUCCUGUGGUGAUGGAGCAAUUGUCCAUAAAAAGUUCUCGAAAGUUUCAACAAGCAAUGCUGUAGAUGGCUGUGCUGUUGCUACUGAGAGCACUUCAUGCCCGAAUUCUCCAGUCUGCACUCAGAGAAAGCAGCAGCACAUUAAAGUUCCCAAGGACAAUGGAGGCACCAGAGCACUUCAACAACAACUUGCAGAUGCUUUGCAGUCAAAAAGUAGUAAGAUCCCCUCAAGACUUGACACACCUACCGUGACUGGUGCUUCUAGGGUUGUUCCAUCUAGAUAUAAGUUCACUCCUCAGUCUUUGAACCGUCACUGUCCAACCAAUACUCCUGGAGGAGCAAUCAGUGCGGCUGAUAAACUAUUGCGGGAGAUUACUGCUACACCUAUAAAUCCUUGUUCGGUGUCGCAGGAUGAUGGAGCAUUAAUCUCCAGAAAGCUUUCAAAAGUUUCAACUAGUCCUUAUGUGGAUUCUUGUGCCACUGGUACUGCUACUACUAAGGGAAGUUCAUGCCCGAGUUCUCCACUUUGCACUCAAAACAAUAAGACGCGGAUGUUAUCAGCAAUGAGGUCUUCUAUGUCCGAGAUUGAUAGAUGUCUUACGGAGAGAAAUAGAGACAGUUCAGUUGAUGAAUGCAGUUCAUAUAAAUCUGCAUCUUCUACUUGCGCUCGUUCACUGCAUUUGCCAACAGCCAAUAACGAAAACUCCUCUUCUUGGCUAUCUCUUAAACAAAAUGACAUGUUUGCUUCUAGAUCAUCUUUCAAAAUGGGGAGCCUUUGCUUGCCUCCACAUCCAACUUCCAAUAAAUUGGGAGCAGAUGCUAGGAAAGGAAGGAAGGGUUUCAGUGAUCAGGGAGAUGUGCAUUCAUUGAAGUUGCUCUACAACCAUCACCUUCAGUGGCGAUUUGCAAAUGCCAAAGCGGAGGCCUCCAUGCACACCCAAAGACAUGAUAGCCAGAGCAAACUUUAUUCCUUUGCACAACAGUUAUCAGAUCUACGCAAAUCUGUAAGCCAGAAACGCGCUGAACUUGGGGUUUUGAGAAGGAUCAAAACUUUAUCCACUAUUCUUGAAUCACAAUUACCAUGUCUUGGUGAAUGGGCUAACCUGGAAGAGGAUUACUCAACUUCUCUGUCAGGUACAACUGAUGCCUUGCGCAAUUGCUCUCUGAGACUUCCUAUUGGCACGGAAGUUCAUGUUGAUGUAAGAGAGUUAGGAGAUGCUCUUAGUUCAUCUACAAAGGUGAUGGAAAUGAUCGGUUUGCAAAUUCAGAACUUUAUGCAAAAGGCAGAAGAAACAGAAAGUUUAAUUUCUGAACUAGCUAGGGUGAGUGGUGGAGAGAAAGCUCUUGUCGAGGAAUGUGGGGAUUUAUUAAUGAAGACAUAUAUCUCAGAGGUGACAGAAUGGAGUUUAAGGGGACAGAUGAUUCAAAUGCAUCAGAACAACCUUUAUCAUCAAGUUCAGAAAGAAUGAUGAUUCUUGUCACUGUUGUGGAAAACUAUUCGCUCUUGUCAGCUAAUAAGGGGGAGGGCGUUCCAUCGGAAUCUUAAAGUAUAUCAUUUGCAACUGCGGGAAUGUCAUGUGCAUAUAUUUGAGAUGAUCUGCAAUAUCAAUUUUUUCCAUGAGUUUCGUUUGUAUAACAAGUAAGAAUCUUUGUCAACAACAUUGUAAUAAAGUUGUGCCUUUGGGUCUUGAACACCUCGUUGUAAAUUUGCUGCAACUCACGAGGUGUUUUUUUCUCAUAUAUCCAUUAUUGUCUCCAUGCAAAAUCUGUCUACGACGUUGGGUGGUAACUAAACAUAGAUUAGAAAUGAUAAGGGCAGAACUGUUGGAAAUUUUUGAAAGAAAACUUGCUAACUAAAAGAACACAAUACCUAUUCUGAAGGGCAAACUUCCCACUUUCUCUUUGUUCUCCAUUCCUAAAAGGGUUAGAAAAGAGAAUGGACAAGGAGAGGAGUAUGAAGUGGGGCAUAUGAAGUGCA